CUGGGCACAAGUCGCCAGGUGGACGGCGACAAAAAGGCGGCUGUGCGACUUCGUUUCAACUCUUCGUUAACUCGUGUCAACUUUGCUACAUCCGUCCCAACAUGUACAGCAUGAUGGAACACGAGCUGAAGCCGACCGGCCAGCCCCCGUCUCACCAGACCUCCCAGGGAAUGUCACCGGUCACCGGCAACAUGACCGGGGGCAUGGGCGGCAAUGGCAACUCUCACCCGGGGUCCAAAACUGUAUGCCCACCGGGAGUCGACCCCAUGGAUAAAGUCAAGCGGCCAAUGAACGCCUUCAUGGUCUGGUCUAGGGGACAGAGGCGCAAGAUGGCUCAAGAAAACCCCAAAAUGCACAACUCCGAGAUCAGCAAGCGGCUGGGAGCUGAGUGGAAGCUGCUGACCGACGCCGAGAAGCGGCCUUUCAUCGACGAGGCCAAGCGGCUCCGGGCGGUCCACAUGAAGGAGUACCCCGACUACAAGUACAAGCCGCGCCGCAAGACCAAGCCCAUGCUCAAGAAGGACGCCCAGGUGGGCAAGUACCCGCUGUCGGCCGGCAACCUGCUGGCGGCCGCGCAGGGCCAAGGCGGUAGUCCGAGGAUGGACAGCUACGGCUGGGGCCCCACCGGGGGGUACGCCGGCAUGCAGAGCGAGGCGCUCGGCUACACGCAGCAGCUCCACCGGUACGACCUGUCAGCUCUCCAGUACCCGCCCGCUAUGACGGCGGCGCAGACGUACAUGAACGGAGGCAACUCGUACAGCCCCAUGUCCUACAGCAGUCCCCAGCAGCCGAGCCCCGUCACCAUGUCCAUGGUGAAAGCAGAACCCGUGUCCCACUCGCCCACGACAGGGACGCCCAACCACCACCGGGGCCCUUUGCAGGGCGACCUCAGGGACAUGAUCAGCAUGUACAUCCCCGGACCAGGGGACGCCGGAGACCCCACGGCAGCACAGAGGGGCUACACCAGCGUCCAGCAGCACUACCUCUCCGGAACCGUCCCACUCACACACAUCUAGGACUGGAAGUGGGAGUCAUGGGGUU